AGUUAGUUGUUAGUGUAGACAAAAGCCGGCUUCUGUCUUCUUACAUUCUAUGCUCUCUCUCUCUCUCUCUCACUGCCAACAAUCCCCCCUCUCGCUCUCCUCACCAGCAAGAAAUGACACGCACCCAAGAAAAGGUUUUUUCUUUUUGGUUCUUGAUAAAGUAAAGUCUCUUCAUAUUCUCUCUCUGUUAUUGCUAUUGGUGUUUCUUCAACUUCUCGAUUCCUUUACUUUGUCGUUUUGACUCAUCGGAUAGAGAUAGAGAAGUUAAUAUUAUCCUGACCAUUAUAAUUCCAUUCCAUGAUUCUUUUGACGGGAUUUGUGUGAAAUAUUAUAUCUAAGGGGAAAAGAAGAAGAAGAAGAAGAAGAAGAAGGCAAAUGUUUUUUAGAGUAAUGAAGCUCUGAUUUGAGUUUUGGAUUGCACCUGUAAGCUUAAGGAUUUGUGAAACGCUUUGUUAUUGGAUUUCUGGAGAUGGGCUGUUUUCCUUGUUUUGAUUCAAGGGAAGAAGAGGAGCUGAAUCGAGAGAAACAAUCUGAUGAUCUGAAGCAAACUUUGCCUACUGUUCCUUCUAACAUCUCCAAGUUGUCUUCUGGAUCUGACAGGCUCAGACCAAGAAGCAACGGAGGACAAUCCAAAAGGCAAUUGCCAAGUCCAAAGGAUGCACCUGGUGUCAAUAUAGCUGCUCAAAUUUUUGCUUUUCGUGAACUUGCAGCUGCAACCAAGAAUUUUAUGCCGGAGUGUUUCUUAGGUGAAGGGGGAUUCGGACGUGUAUAUAAAGGGUGUCUUGAGAGCACUGGUCAGGUUGUUGCUAUCAAACAAUUGGAUAGGAAUGGCCUCCAGGGUAAUAGGGAAUUUCUAGUGGAGGUUCUCAUGCUGAGCCUUUUACAUCAUCCAAACCUCGUGAACCUGAUUGGCUAUUGUGCUGAUGGGGAUCAGCGGCUCCUUGUCUAUGAAUUUAUGCCCCUGGGAUCAUUGGAAGAUCACCUUCACGAUCUUCCACCUGAGAAGGAACCACUAGAUUGGAACACAAGAAUGAAGAUAGCGGCUGGUGCAGCCAAAGGUUUGGAAUACCUGCAUGAUAAAGCAAACCCUCCUGUUAUUUAUCGGGAUUUUAAGUCAUCCAACAUUUUACUGGAAGAAGGAUUUCAUCCAAAGCUUUCUGAUUUUGGGCUUGCAAAGCUUGGCCCCACUGGGGACAAGUCACAUGUUUCCACCAGGGUUAUGGGCACUUAUGGUUACUGUGCUCCUGAGUAUGCCAUGACAGGACAAUUGACUGUAAAAUCUGACGUCUACAGUUUUGGGGUAGUGUUCUUAGAGCUGAUAACUGGUCGUAAAGCAAUUGACAGCACUCAACCACACGGAGAACAGAACCUUGUCGCAUGGGCACGUCCAUUAUUCAAUGAUCGCAGGAAAUUCUCAAAAUUGGCAGAUCCACGACUGCAGGGACGUUAUCCAAUGAGAGGACUUUACCAGGCUCUAGCUGUGGCAUCCAUGUGCAUCCAGGAGCAGGCUGCUGCGCGUCCUCUCAUUGGGGAUGUGGUCACCGCACUUUCUUAUUUAGCAAACCAGGCUUAUGAACCUAAUGGUCACGGCCACAGAGGUUCAGGGGACAGGGAUGAAAAAAGACAGAGAGAUGAGAGAGGUGGACAGUUAUCAAGGAAUGAGGAAGGUGGAGGAUCGGGACGCAGAUGGGACUUGGAUGGGUCCGAGAAAGAGGACUCACCAAGAGAAACUGCUAAGAUGUUAAACAGGGAUUUAGAUAGAGAACGAGCAGUUGCUGAGGCCAAGAUGUGGGGAGAAAAUUGGAGAGAGAAACAACGCCAAAAUGCUCAAGGAAGUUUUGAUGGCAGUAAUGGAUAGUACACAAAAAUAUUAUAAUGAUGCCUGGCAUCAUAUUUCCUUGCUGUCUAGUUUCCUGCACUUCAGUCGCCAUCACCGAGUGAAGAAGAAACAUUGGAAAUUUAAGCUUUGCUUUGCUGCUUGUAAGGGAUUUGGUGCCAGUUAGUGUUCUUUAUGUUGAAACAUAGAACAAGAAGAUGAUAACGAAGAAAAGCAUAAUCUGAGAGUGUACAUUAUCAUCUAGGAGAGCAAGAAAAGAACAAGACGUAUUCAAAAAAUUUUGAGAGUUAAGACGUCUAGGUCAUGUUCUUCUUGCUCUUGUAGGUUCCUUCCAAGCAUAAACAUUUCAGCUGUCUGUACUCUGUAGUCUUCUUCGACGACAUUUUACCGACCAAUGAAAGUAAUUUUAUCAACUAA